AUGGAUGGGUUCCAGGUUGCAGGUGGAAACUUACGACCCCGAACCGAGACCACGGAAGCGUCUGAAGUCGUCCUGGCGAAUUUCCACACAACACCAGUACUCACAUUCGGCGAUCAAUCAACUGCCGCAAACAUGGUCAAUAAACCAGUUAUUCCAGACGCUUGGGAUGAUGAUUGGGAGUCUCAGGCUGACAAGGAAGAAGGAGGGGUCGCUAUUGCAACCUCCGCAGAUGUCGUCAAAGUAACCCGUGCAGAAAGACUAGCGCAACACGCCGAAACGAACAAGAAGAUUUGGGAUUCUGCAGCCUGA